UUUCAACGAGCUACGAUGGCAGUUAGCCACAAAUUUUAGUUACGCUUAGCAGAUGCAUUAAUCAGUCAUUUGUAUUCGGCCAGUACGCACCGAGAGUAACGACAUUGAAAACCCGUUUCGGCCACAACAAGCCGAUAGUGCUCAUUAGAUACAAAGGGAAAACAAAUAAUACAAAAAGAUGUCAGCCGACUCACCGAAGGGAGCCAUUAACAAUGGCUACGAACUGGAUCAUAAAGAACUGGACAUACACGACUCUGAGGAAUUUAAGGAACUGCCGCUGGAAAAUAUUACAGAGGUCGCCAAAGGAAAAGGAUAUUUGGAUAAUAAUCCGAAAGUUGCGCGUGUUGUGAGGAUCUCGCUUUACAUACUGUUGCACCUCGUUGUUGUGGGUUACUUUUCAUAUGCCACCUAUCAUUAUCACGACAUUACCAAUUAUGAAUGUACCUGGGGAAGCACCAACAAGCUGUGUGGUAUUAACUUCUGCACCGGUUAUGGAAUGCUCUUGCUCCUGCUGGGAUUCAUCUAUUUGGGCCUCUUCUAUUACUACAUUUUCAAGCCAAUGGUGGGACACAACCUGUACAGAGGCUGUAUACGUCCCUGGUCCAAAAAGUGGCACAGUUUUAGCAGGACCAGAGUUGUCUCACUGGCCAGCAUUGCAUUGCUCCUGGCCCUUUUGGCCAUCUUCGUGUACUUCGAGACCCGUGACGAGCCGCAGAAGUUGGUGUCCCUGGUGGCGCCCUGCUUUUUCAUCCUGUGCGGCUACGUGUUCUCCACAAAGCGGAGCGCCAUCAAGUGGCGCGUUGUGAUCACCGGGAUCACGUGCCAGUUCCUCCUCGGCAUUUUCUGCAUUCGCUGGGAGGUGGGCCGCAAGAUCUUUGAGUGCUUGGGCAACAAGGUGGCCACGUUCCUGGGCUACGCCACCGAUGGAGCGCUCUUCGUGUUCGGCGACUACCUAGUGAAAAACAAUGUCUUCGCCUUCGCCAUCCUCCCGGUGAUCUUCUUCUUCAGCUUCUUCAUCUCCGUCCUGUACUACUUGGGUACGAUGCAGUGGAUUGUGAUCAAGCUGGGCUGGAUCCUGCAGUCGAUCCUGGGCACCACCGUCUGUGAGAGCGUCACGGCGGCGGCCAACAUCUUCCUGGGCAUGUCCGAGAGUCCUCUGCUCAUCCGGCCGUACAUCAAUAAGCUGACCAAGAGCGAAAUCCACAGCAUCAUGGUGUCCGGCUUUGCGACGGUUUCCGGAACUGUCCUGGCGGCCUAUCUGUCCUUUGGCGCCUCGGCUGCCCACUUGAUCACGUCCUCGGUGAUGGCAGCUCCAGCCACACUGGCCAUCUCCAAGCUCUACAUGCCGGAGACGGAGGAGAGUCAGACCUCAUCGGACUCGAUUGAGCUGGAAAAAUCCCAGGACUCUUCCCUGUUGGAUGCUGCGUCCAGUGGAGCCAGCAAUGCCGUGCCAAUUGUCCUUGGCAUCAUCGCCAACAUAGUGGCCUUUGUGGCCUUCGUCACCUUCCUCAACGGGAUUGUUAGCUGGUUCGGCUUCUUGGUGGGUCUGGACGACAUUGACUUCGAGUGGAUAUUCUCCAAGCUGUUCAUCCCGCUCGUCUGGGCGAUGGGCGUUCCGACAGAAGACUGCGACGUCAUUGCUAAGGUGGUGGCCACCAAGACCAUAAUCAACGAAUUUGUGGCCUACGAGCGACUGGGUCAAUAUAUCGAAAAUAACGAAAUCACCGCCCGUAGCGCUGGAAUCGCCACGUUCGCCAUCUGCGGCUUCGCCAAUCCCAGUUCCUUGGGCAUCCUCAUCGGAUCCCUCAGUGCCAUGGCGCCUCAUCGUCGCUCCACCAUCACUGCGGUGGCUUUCCGCGCCUUUGUGGUGGGCAGCAUCGUCUGCUUCGUGUCAGCCAGUUUUGCUGGCAUCCUUAUACAAGAAGAGGAUGAGCGGGUGAGCUACAACAGGAUAUUCGAGAAAUUGGGUCGGAAAAAUGCCACGGAGUUUUAGUUCCUUGCAGUUUUAGAUCGUGAUAAUUAGCUGAUCAAAUUAAGCAAAAUACACAAAUUCUUAUUUAUUAAAUAAA